AUGUCGUCUGAAGAUGUAACGAUGAUGGGUGAUGAUUUGUCAUCCUCAGCAUCAACUGAAAGUUUAUCAUCCUUGUUCUCCUCAUCAUUACUUGCAUGUUCAUCUUCAACGACUAAUUCAAGAAAACCUAGUGUCAGUACAACAACAUCGAAUAAACGCCGAUUAAUUUUAUUUACAUUUCCUUCAGGUCAUAACUUGGUGCAUCAUCGACGUAAAACAACUUCUUCAAUACCACAAUCAUCAUCCUUUUUCAUACCUGAAUCUUACACAAAUGAUUAUUGUAAUAAAGCUCGAUUGUUGUUGUACGAUAGUAACGAUCCCAAAUAUCAACUGAAUCAAUCAGGACACAUACGAUCUGAAGGAAGAAUCUUGGUUUGGUCGUCAGAUAUUCAACUAAAAUUGUUAUUCAAUAGUCAAAAACUUCACAUGGAUGGCACAUUUAGUACAUCACCACCACUCUUUGAACAAGUAUUUAUUAUUCAAGCAUUUCUUCAGAGUUCAUGUGUGCCGGUGUUAUGCGCACUGUUACCCGAUCGAAAAGCAUCAACAUAUAUUCAUCUAUUUACUAUUCUAUUCGAUCAUGCCAAACAAUUGAAUAAAAAGUUCGAUCCUAAAAUAAUUAUGACAGACUCUGAACCUGGUCUUACAAGAGCAAUUAGUCUUGAGUUUAUUUUAACAUUAUUUGGCAACCUUGGAGAUGAUUUAAGUCAAUCUGAACUCGAUGAAUUAGCUCCGUUGUUCAAGUACUUUACCAAAUACUGUUUACAACGUACUUCUAUGUGGAAUGUAUUUGAUAUACCUGAUAAAACAAAUAACUUCAGUGAACGUAUGUUAAAAUAG